AUGGUGAGAGUCUACGGUAAGCGAAGUCGAUCAUGGACGUACGAUAGUAGCCAAUAUGGUGAUGAGUCAAUGGUGGAACUAAGCGAUGAUGGAGAAAUUGAAGAGAUCAAGCAGCCGGUUACAGCAAAUGAGCCGGAUAAUAUCACAUUGAGCCGUCAAGAUGAGUCUAAUGAUGCUGACGAAGAAUCUUUGCGCAUAAGCUCGAGUACGGUGAGUUUUAUCCGUGAUACUUGCAAUGCAACAAGCACUAGUGUCGCUAUGGAUGAUGAUAUCUCACCAUUGAAGGCUUUCGACUUCCUGCAAGGUCGCUCAGCAGUAAAGAAGAGGAAAACAAAUUACAAGAAGGUCAGCGUUGGGGAAUGUGAAGAUCCCGAGGCUCCCAAUGGAUCUGAAAGCUCAAUAGAUAAAACGGUUGAUAGGCUCAAUCAAUUCCUGGCAUCUCUCCAGCCAGCUAAUGCAGAGGACCAAAUCAAGGAUCAAUUUGAGCGGGAGCUGAAAAAGUCGGUAGAGGAAGAUUAUUCAUGUUCUUUUGAUAAGGUGAUGUAUGACCGGUCGCGAACGAUUCUGUUUAAUGAAGAUGAGGAUGGGAUUGAGGUCCAAGAACCGGAUCAGCAAACGGAGGUUGCAGCAGAAAUACCCAAGACAGGCCGAAAAGCUGGUAAGCAUUUGACACAUCAUUAUAAGGAGCUGAAGAAUAUAGGUGAAGUUGUAAAGUAUCAGGAUGAAUUGCAGUUUCUUACGGAUGAAUCACCGUCCAAAAUUAACAUUGAAACCUUCAUUUCAAGGUUCCUUGGCCUGGCGAUGGCGAUAGAGCAAGAUGAAGAGUUUCUUGAGUACAUUAACCGACACGCAGCAAAUGAAAUUUGCCGCUGGUGCUUCUCCAAGGAACUCAAUAGGCAUCCGGUGGUCACACUGCUACAGUCUUUUUUGCUGACCAAAGUACGACUGCCGCCGGAAUAUCCCCCGUCAGACUUCGAACAUUUAGUCGUUUUGUCUCUAGGCUGCGAUGAACCCCCAUCCAUACAUUCCUUGACCGGCAAGCUGAGGCGUAUGAACCUAACAGACUUCCUAAACAAGACUGGAAAAAAGUCCGCCCAAGAUUACUCUCUGCAGCUAUGCCUCAAUUAUCCAGAUCAAUUAUUGUCACAAGAAGUGACGAGACGAAUCCUCGAUAUUGCUAUUCAGAGAGAUCUUGAUCAGGAAUCUAGUUCCGUACUUUUUCCGCUUGUUGAGCAUAUACUAUCAUCAGGCUCACCUGUCGUAGGUGACACCUCAAGUAUUCUUCUGGGCAGCCUGAUAUGUGCGCUGCCCAAGCAAUGCUGUAACGAGGAUUUAGUAAAGUCACUGAUAAUGCUAUCCAAUGAGAACAAGGUACUGACCGAAGCGCCAGUAGAGCAAAAGCAGAAGCUAAUGCAUUGUUCGCUAGGCUUUAUAUUGAGGCACAUCCACCCCAUAGCGGAUUCAACAGCAGACCUCGUCAUCCUAUACCUGGGGCUUUUACUCAACAUGUUAGAUGUUUGUGACGCACGACUGUUCGAGAAGCAGCAACUAGAUCACGCAAGAAAGCUGUUGCCUAGUAUCUCAACUAGUGAUACAGAUCCAUUUAUUGUCUGUAUGUACUCUUUGAACCUUGCUCAUAUACUAUUUGGUGCAGGAGAGCGACUACAUGAGGAAGAGAAAGACCUACUAAUGAGGAUCUUGAAUUCCUACGAUAAAGAAGGCAUAAAUAUCAAUCAAGCUAUACGGGAUCAAGUCAAGGCUGCUUUGAAUAAUUUUCUAUAA